UGUAUUAGCUCCCUUGUCGGUAGACGCAGUGUUGCUGUGGUUUUGUUAGGUGAGGCGGAACCAUUAUCUUUGCUAGCUAGCACAUUAGCAACUGUUCUUAUCAUGUGAAGAGCAACCUGUCACCUCACAAGAGACUGUUAGCAUUUCUUCGCUUUUCCACCUUCGGUGAGGAUCAGAGGGGAGGUAUCUGGGCAGAUAACAAAAGAGUGAGAUGAAAUGACAACGUCAACAUUACAGAAAGCGAUUGAUCUUGUGACCAAAGCCACGGAAGAAGACAAGGCAAAGAAUUAUGAGGAGGCCUUGCGCCUGUAUCAGCAUGCUGUGGAAUAUUUUCUUCAUGCCAUCAAAUAUGAGGCCCACAGCGACAAGGCAAAGGAAAGCAUACGAGCAAAGUGCAUGCAGUACCUGGACCGAGCAGAGAAACUUAAGGACUACUUGAAGAAUAAAAACAAACAAGGCAAGAAGCCAGUCAAGGAGGCACAGAGCAAUGACAAGAGUGAUAGUGACAGUGAAGGUGAAAACCCAGAGAAGAAGAAACUCCAGGAGCAACUUAUGGGUGCUAUUGUAAUGGAGAAGCCCAAUGUCAGGUGGAAUGAUGUGGCUGGACUGGAGGGGGCCAAGGAAGCACUGAAGGAAGCCGUCAUCCUGCCCAUCAAGUUUCCUCACCUCUUCACAGGCAAGCGGACUCCAUGGCGAGGCAUCCUGCUGUUCGGCCCUCCAGGGACGGGAAAGUCAUACCUGGCUAAGGCUGUGGCAACGGAGGCCAACAACUCCACCUUCUUUUCUGUCUCUUCUUCAGACCUCAUGUCCAAGUGGCUGGGAGAGAGUGAGAAGCUGGUGAAGAACCUGUUUGACCUGGCUCGCCAGCACAAACCAUCAAUCAUCUUCAUUGAUGAGGUGGACUCGCUGUGCGGCUCCAGGAAUGAGAAUGAGAGCGAGGCUGCCCGCCGUAUCAAAACAGAGUUCCUGGUCCAGAUGCAGGGUGUGGGAAACAACAACGAUGGUAUCUUGGUACUGGGAGCCACCAACAUCCCCUGGGUGCUAGACGCUGCCAUCCGCAGAAGAUUUGAGAAGCGUAUCUACAUCCCUCUGCCGGAGGAGCCGGCUCGGGCUCAGAUGUUCCGUCUUCACCUAGGCAACACACCACACAGCCUGAGCGAGGCCGACCUGCGGCAGCUCGCCCACAAAACAGACGGCUACUCUGGAGCCGACAUCAGCAUCAUCGUCCGGGAUGCUCUCAUGCAGCCGGUUAGGAAGGUCCAGUCUGCCACGCACUUCAAAAAGGUUUGUGGUCCAUCCCGAAGCAACAACCAGGUGAUGGUGGAUGACCUCUUGACGCCUUGUUCACCCGGCGACCCUGCAGCCAUAGAGAUGACCUGGAUGGAUGUGCCUAGUGAUAAGCUACUGGAACCUAUAGUCUGCAUGUCGGAUAUGCUGCGCUCUCUGUCCACCACCCGUCCUACUGUCAACACUGAAGACCUGCUGAAGGUGAAGAAGUUCACAGAAGACUUUGGGAUGGAAGGCUGAGAGACAGAGCCCCCACCCUGCCCCGCCUCUCCCCAAGUCCAUCAGAAGGGUCAAACAGCUCAUCUUCCUCUCUGCUGCUAUACCAUCCUGUAGGCUGUUGCUUGGUUCACUGCCUCUCAGGGAUGUCAAAUAAAUCACUGGUCUGUUUAAAGAAAAUGACAAAAAAUCCAGUUUCCUAUUUCUGAAUAUCCAGUCCAGUGUUUUUGACUCCUUGGAGGACGUAGACCAAAUGCAACAAUAGAAAAUUUGGUCUAAUUGGGUAGUUGGACAGUAGAGCCCUUGUCUUUCCCCUGUUUGGGACAAGGUCCUGUUGUAGAGCAGCCACUAAAGUGCAUUCACUACAGGAACUUCUCAUCUAAGCUGCACCAACACUAGAAAAGCUGCAUUUGAGUCUAAAGGCUUAAAGUUUGUCCCUCUCUGAGCCGACUGUGUCUCUGACUGAAGACUGUGUAUUUUGUUGCCAUUGUGCACUUUGCUUUGGAUCACAGUGAAGGACAGUGAUGUUCAAAGAAACAGAAGAAAGUAGCUCUACUGCUAGAUGUACAAGUGUGUGAAUGCAUCUGUUUUUAUUAAACGUACGUGUCUGCUUAUGUGUAUAUGUUAGGAGCUCUAUUACUUUAUUUGACAAGGAGUUAAAUUGAUUAUUGCUGCCUCCAUGUCCUCCGUGUGUGUGUCACGCCUGUACCGCAGUGCUAAGCAUUCAUGCUCAGUAUUUAUAGAACAAGAGAUGUGCUUAGUUCCACAAUCCAAAAACUUGACAGAGGUUUUGAAAAGAAAAAUCCUCUUUGCCCUUGAGGUAACAUUCUUACUAAGAAGCUGCUCCGGAGUUUUGAAUCAUAUCACGUUUUUCCUCAGCAGAACAAGCUUAUAUAUUUGUCAUGGGAUUGUAGAUAUUGAACUUGUUUCUGUAAGGACUUACACCCUUGAAAACAGCAGUUACACAGGUGGAAAACUGUUUGUGGUAACAUCUUAAGCUUUCAGUCACAUCAUAUGAAGAAAAAGGCAGGGAAAAAAGUUUUAACGUGCUCCAAAAAAGUUUAGAAUUCCAUGACAACUGGCUGAAAUCUGUCAGCUGAUGAUGAUCGUGCCAUGAUCACAAGCUCCACAACAGCUACUAAACAGGCGGUGGCGACAGUUUUCUCAACUAAUUCCAAUGACAAGAAUGAACUCUGUACAGUCCAGUUGCUAUUUAAAUAAGCAGUGCAUUUCCCAGAA